GACUCAGAGAAAAAGAGUGGAGAGACGCUGGAGCAGCAGCAGCAGCAGCAACAACCUGUAUCCACAAAGCAGGAGCGCACUCCAAGGGGCGACCAGACCACUUCUACAGACAUUUAAAAAACUUAUCAUACAUAUAGAAAUUGAAACAAAAAACAACACUAAUAAUUAUGAUUCUAAUAAUGGUUUAAUUCUAACAGUGCGCUGGUUGUCUCUCCUUUUAUGUAAGAUCUGUGUUGGUUGGAUGAUGCGCUUCUGACUUGGAUUAACGCGCGGUGAUAAAGGACGAUUCUGCGCACUUGGAAAAAAUUAUGUAAGGUUGUCCAGGCAUCUUAGACUGCAGUAUUACCCUCAGACACAGCCAUGAAAUCUGUGCUGGACGGUGUGGCGGACACCACCUUCCGGACUAUUACAUCUGGUUUACAGUAUCUGGGCUCCAACGACGCUAACUAUGACGACCCGCUCAAUGAUGUAGACUUCAAGGCAGGUUUCUCUCUGCAGAAGCCCUUAUCUGCUUUCCGCAGCAACUCCUUCCCUAACAAGGUACCUGCGGACGAGGAGCUCAUCCUUAAAGGCAUCCCCUUCUUCCCCACCAACGCCACAGACUUGUUCGGCAACAAGAGCACAUUCAGAGAUGAGACUAACAAUGUGCAAUGUGGGGAGAACUUUAUGGACAUGGAGUGUUUCAUGAUCCUGACUCCCAGCCAGCAGCUGGCUGUGGCUGUGAUGUCUCUGACUCUGGGUACCUUCACAGUGCUGGAGAAUCUGGUGGUUCUCUGCGUCAUCUUUCAGUCCCGCACACUCCGCUGCCGGCCAUCCUACCACUUCAUUGGCAGUCUGGCUGUGGCUGACCUGCUGGGAAGUGUCAUAUUUGUCUACAGCUUCCUGGACUUCCAUGUUUUUCACAGGAAGGACAGCCCCAACGUUUUUCUCUUCAAGCUGGGUGGAGUCACUGCGUCGUUCACUGCAUCUGUGGGGAGCCUUUUCCUCACCGCUAUUGACCGCUACAUCUCCAUACACCGGCCUCUCGCCUAUAGGCGGAUUGUGACACGGACCAAGGCUGUCAUUGCCUUUUGUAUGAUGUGGACCAUCUCCAUUGUCAUCGCAGUGCUACCUCUGCUGGGCUGGAACUGUAAACGUCUCAAUUCUGUUUGCUCAGACAUAUUCCCUCUGAUUGAUGAGAACUACCUGUUGUUCUGGAUCGGUGUAACCAGCGUUCUGGUUCUUUUCAUUAUCUACGCCUACAUAUACAUCCUGUGGAAAGCUCACCACCACGCAGUGCGAAUGCUGAGCCGCACCUCUCAGAAGAGCCUUGUUGUUUACUCAGCAGAUGGGACUAAAGUGCAGACCACACGCCCUGAGCAGACACGAAUGGACAUCCGUCUGGCCAAGACCCUGGUGCUUAUCCUGGUGGUGCUGGUCAUCUGCUGGGGUCCAGUGCUCGCCAUCAUGGUCUAUGACCUCUUCUGGAGGAUGGACGAUGACAUCAAGACAGUAUUUGCAUUCUGCAGCAUGCUCUGCCUGCUCAACUCCACUGUCAACCCAAUUAUCUACGCCUUGAGGAGCAAGGACCUGCGGCACGCCUUCCUCAGCUCCUGCGGUGCCUGCAGGGGCAGUGCCCAGCAGUUGGACAAUAGCCUCGAGUCAGACUGCCAGAACAGAAAUGCCAACAUUUCUGCCAACAGGGCUGCAGAGAGCUGCGUGAAGACCACUGUGAAAAUAGCCAAAGUAACAAUGUCUGUGUCAACCGAAACUUCUGCAGAGGCUGUCUAAUUGGCCAUCACGGGGGAAACUGUGUAAAUGUCAUCUUCCCCAAACAAUGCCAUUCAACACAAUAAAGCAGAAGUUAGAGAUAUUCCGCAGAAAACAAAAUCCUCUCCUGAAAGUAUUGACUUACAUCCUCAUGAGACGCUUUAGUGGUUGCAUUAUUUUAUGUUAGCGUGUGAGUACAUCGUGUGCCAAAGUGCCAAAUGGUAUUUCAAGUUCAUAGAAAAGGACUCACGCUUUGACACGAUUAUCAAAGACUAUCAUAAGUCUGCUGUUUACCAUAGACUUCAUGAUAUCCAGUUAGUAAAGGCAUAUUAUAUUUUUGUACUGUGAAUUCAGGUUUUAAAAAACAAUAUAUCUUCAUUUAUGGGAUAAGGGGCUACUGACAUUUUUAAUUCAUGAUGUUUUACUGUGUCAUUUAGACUUUAACAUGUCUUGCACCAUAAAUAUAAGGAAAAUAUAAACAUUUCUAUGAGGAAAUUAUUAAAAAAAAGUUAAAAUGACUCCGUUUAUUUCCAAAAUUUCCAUUAACUAUGUACAUUUUUGUACUUCAUCUGACAACACUCAGUGAGUGGCAAAUGUGUGAAGAGAUUUUGAGGAAUGAGAGGAGAUUCAUGCUCAACAUAGGAAAAAAAUAAACAUAUUUAUCACCACUAUAAGCAAACUCUAAUGAGACGGAGAUAAACUGAUUCACGGCAUUUGAGUACGUCAAACCUGAAAUGGCAUUUUCUGUGGCAGAGUGACGAUCGUCCCUGUUGUCCAUUUCUUAACUUGCUAGCUGUUAGACCUUUAGAGUAACGUGUCUUUGUUCAGAUGUAUACCUAAUAACUGUACAGUGUUUUCUUGCUAAAUGAAGUGUUUAAAUCAACUGGUUCAACUAUACAGCCAACGACAACAACGACAACAACGACAACAACAGCAACAACAACGAGCUUUUGGCAAAAGCUUGAACUCAUCAAAUCCGAAUUUGGACGCAGUGUGCUGGUCACUACUGUAACAAACUGAAGUGGUUUAUGAUUAUAGCUGCUUUAAUCAAAUGUAUGAUUUUACUGGAUUCAGCCUUGUAUGUGUGUGAUAACUUGUGACUUGGUGAUAUAUUUCCAAACCCCUCAAGCCUUUUGAUCAUUGCAGUGAGUUGUUUUUAGUGCUACUGUCGCAGCGGGGGCAUCAUUUCGGAAAAUAAAAAGCAACCCAUGCACAGGCCUAGUGAAGUACCUUUGGCGUAACUCUAAAUAAAAAUAUGUCUGCUGUUAAUUUUUACUUAUCUCGGCAAAGAAACAAGGGUCUUUUCAUUAGCUGGCAACUUGAACGGAAGUCUGUGUGUAUGCAUCGUGUGGAGAAUCGACAACUGACCUUACAAAAGAAAACUGAGAAGAUGUGAUGUAGUACUUUUUAAUCUAGAAAUCUCACAGCACAAUUGUUCUGUAGACAUUUAUCUUGGUGUAAAGUUAUCCAGACUGCUGUUUAUCAGUAUGCUUCGCUGCCUCUUGUAUUAUUGAGUAUUGAAGAUCAAAUUGUCAACUGUCAAGUGGCUUCUGUACAGUGGUGGCAUAAUGAGGAAUCUAUGACUUAAUUAAAAAAAUCACAAUCAGUCAAGUGUUUUUAGUAUUGCUGUUUUCAAACUUUUGAAUAAAGUUGCAGCUGGUUGUCAUUUC